ACCAGCGCUGGCAGUGAUGACAAAUGGUAGUAACAUCCUCUGUGUGUCUGCUUUUUCUCGUGUAAUUUUUUAGCCUGAAUUUAUUAUUUGGGAAAAUGUCUGAGGAAAACCCAAGCAAGAAUAGCAAUAAUAUUGAAAUAAAGGACGAGAAGCAUCCCAAAGCAGAGGAAUAUAAAACUCAAGCAAAUACCUAUUUUAACAAAAAGGAAUAUGAUAAAGCCAUUGAAUGGUACACUGAAGCAAUCAAAUUGGACCCGGAAAAUGCUGUCUACUACGCUAACCGGAGUCUAGCUCAUUUGAGGCAGGAGAGCUAUGGCUAUGCUCUUCAAGAUGCCAUCUCGGCCGUCAAGGCUGAUCCCAUUUAUAUUAAAGGAUACUACAGGAGGGCGGCGGCUCAUAUGUCUCUAGGAAAAUUUAAACAAGCAUUGAGUGAUUUUGAAUAUGUUGCUAAAAGACGACCACAGGACAAGGAUGCUCAAAUGAAAUUCAAGGAAUGCCAGAAGAUCAUCAAUAAACAAAAGUUCGAGAGGGCAAUUGCCACUGAAAAGAAGGAAUUGUCCCUAGCACAAAUGUACCGGGAUCUCGAUGGCAUUUCAAUUGAGGAAGACUACACGGGUCCCAAAUUGGAGAACGAAAAAGUUACUGUGAAUUUUAUGCUUGAACUAAUGGAAUUCUACAAGGCGGAAAAGAAGCUGCACCGAAAGUACGCUUAUAAGAUUCUCUGUGACGUCGACGAGUAUUUCCGAAAGCAACCCUCCCUGGUGGACAUUAAGGUGCCGGAUUCGUCCAAAUUCACCAUUUGCGGUGACAUCCAUGGACAAUUUUUCGAUCUGAUGAACAUCUUCAAGAUCAAUGGACUUCCUUCUGAAUCCAAUCCUUACCUCUUCAACGGUGAUUUCGUUGACCGAGGUUCCUUUUCCAUUGAAUGCAUUUUUACGCUAUUUGGCUUUAAACUCCUCUAUCCUGAUCACUUCUUCCUGGCCCGUGGCAACCAUGAGAGUGUCACCAUGAAUCAGAUGUACGGAUUCACGGGAGAGGUUAUUGCUAAGUACUCCAGCACAAUGUCCGAUAUGUUCACUCAAGUCUACAACUGGCUGCCGCUCUGCCACUGCAUCAAUGAUCGUGUCCUCGUGAUGCACGGUGGUUUGUUCUCCCAGGACAAUGUUUCCCUGGACGAUUUGCGUAAGAUCGAACGGAAUCGUCAGCCACCGGAUGAGGGGCUGAUGUGCGAACUACUUUGGAGUGAUCCGCAACCGCAAAUCGGAAGGGGACCCUCCAAACGAGGCGUCGGCAUCCAGUUCGGACCUGACGUCACCGAAGCCUUUUGCCAGUUCAACAAACUCGACUACGUGGUGCGCAGCCAUGAAGUCAAGCAUCUCGGCUACGAGGAGGCCCACAAUGGCAAAUGCAUUACAGUGUUCUCAGCGCCUAACUACUGUGAUACAAUGGGUAACAUGGGAGCCUUUAUCACAAUUAAGGGAGACGAUUUGAAACCUAAAUUUACAACCUACGAGGCUGUGCCUCAUCCAAAUGUAAAACCAAUGGCGUAUGCAAAUUCCUUGCUGAAUUUGCUGAUGUAGUCAAAAUUACAAUAGCGUGUAAAUAAAUUGAUUUGUACACGAAAUUUAGGAUUUAGCGAUAGAUAAAAAUUCUAAUGUAAUGGGUUAAUUGAUGAACAAUUAAUUUUCACGCUUUGGAAUUUUUACGUGACGUCAUUUGCGAUUUUAUCGAUGAUCCUUUGAAAAGGAUCAGUUAUUUUAUUGAAAUUGUGUUUUUUCAAAAUUUAUUUUUACAUUCAUUUUUACUAUUUUAAUGAAGCAUUUUUUUUAAUUCUAUUCCUACCUUUUAAACAGGAGUUUUGUGCAUGUAUCGUCAAAUCUGAAAGAAAAUAGAAAAAAUGAAUUAAGUGGAAAAAUAUAUCGUUGAUCUUACAUAGGGUUAACGUAAAAAUUCCUCAUGAAAAUUUCUUGUUCUGCCCAAAAAAAAAAAUUAAAGUUACAGAAGGACAAAAGCAAAACAAGAAAAAUUUAUACACAUCCUUUAGAAUGUAACCCCUUCCAUGCCCUGAAAAAAGAAUGUAGUCCCUGGAAGAACUACAAAAAUCACAAGAAAAAAAUUUGAUAUUCCAAGUUUUUUGUUGCUAAAAAAACAUGUUUUUUCAAUUUCAUAAAUAGAUCAAAAAUAUAUAACUUGAGAAUUUUACUGAUAUCUUAAAAAUGCUGUAUUUAAUUUUUUCUGUAUUUUAAAAAUUGGAAUUUAUAAAGAAAUUAUAAUUUUUAUGGAAUA